AUGUCUGGGGAUGAAGUAACCAACACCGAGGAUGACUGCCAGGUGGAGGUAGUUUCUCAAGAACUCAUUGCAAGGAAACUUUCAAUUCUAAAGUUCAGAAGACUCGAUUCCUUCGACAUUGAAUCCCGGAAGGUUUCUGGUCAUUAUGGUCAUGCCACCAAGGAAGGUGUGAAGUGGGGAAUGAUAUUGCAUCUAGCAUUCCAGAGCAUCGGAGUAGUGUACGGAGAUAUUGGUACGUCGCCUCUCUACGUAUAUGCAAGCACUUUCACAGAUGGUAUACAUCACCCAGAUGAUAUACUCGGAGUACUUUCUUUGAUUUUGUAUACCCUCACUUUGAUCCCUCUAAUCAAGUAUGUCUUCAUUGUCUUGAAGGCCAACGACAAUGGUGAUGGAGGGACGUUUGCUCUAUACUCACUUAUAUGUCGAUAUGCGAAGGUAGGGUUAAUACCCAGUGAGCAAGCUGAGGAUAGUGAUGUGUCAAACUUUCAGCUUGAUUUGCCUAGCAAACGUCUAAUGAGAGCUUCAAAACUUAAACAUAAGCUUGAGAACAGUCAGUUUGCCAAGCUUUUUCUAUUGAUGGCCACCAUGCUUGGUACUUCCAUGGUCAUUGGAGAUGGUGUUCUAACUCCCUGCAUUUCAGUUUUAUCAGCAAUCGUAGGCAUCAAGGAAUAUGCACCUGCCAUGACAGAAGGUCCAACUGCUUGGGUAUCAGCGGCCAUUUUGGUUUGCCUAUUCGCUGUUCAAAGAUUUGGAUCUGACAAAGUAGGCUACACCUUUGCUCCAAUAAUCUUUGUUUGGUUUGUACUCAUUGGUGGCAUUGGUGUCUACAACUUCUUCAAAUUUGACCCAUGGGUGCUCAAAGCUCUUAAUCCAGCAUAUAUUAUAGGUUAUUUCACAAGAAACAAGAAAAAUGCUUGGAUAUCCCUUGGUGGAGUUGUCCUUGCCAUAACAGGAACUGAAGCACUGUUUGCCGAUAUGGGUCAUUUCACAGUUCGGUCUAUACAAAUAAGCAUGUGUUUUGUGACUUAUCCAGCACUCGUUUGCGCAUAUAGUGGGCAAGCCUCCUGGCUUCGCAAGCACCCUGAUCAAGUGCCCGAUACCUUCUACCAGUCCAUACCACAUGGUUUGUACUGGCCAAUGUUUGUAGUAGCUGUAUUAGCUUCAAUUAUAGCAAGUCAAGCUAUGAUUUCAGGGGCUUUCUCUAUAAUUCAGCAAUCUCUUGCCUUGGGAUGUUUCCCACGUGUAAAAGUCGUACAUACAUCCACCAAAUAUGAAGGACAAGUAUACAUUCCAGAAGUUAAUUAUAUACUUAUGUUGGCUUGUGUUGGAGUCACUCUUGGUUUUCGAAAAACAGACAAGAUUGGCAAUGCCUACGGAAUUGCGGUGGUGUUUGUAAUGACACUGACAUCUUGCUUGUUGGUUCUCGUCAUGAUAAUGAUAUGGAAAUCAAAUAUAAUUUUUGUCCUAUUUUAUGUCCUUAUUAUUUGCUCCGUGGAGUUUUUGUAUUUGAGUUCGGUCCUUUACAAAUUUAACAAAGGAGGAUACUUACCACUUGCCUUUUCUGCUCUUCUGAUGACAAUAAUGUAUAUUUGGAACUAUGUGUAUAGAAGGAAGUAUCAUUAUGAGCUUGAACACAAGAUUUCCCCUCAAAGGGUAAAGGAAAUAGCCACCGAUCCAAAUUUUUGUCGAUUCCCUGGAUUUGCCAUAUUUUACUCUGAGCUUGUUGAAGGGAUUCCACCAAUUUUCAACCAUUAUGUGGCAAAUGUACCUGCAUUGCACUCAAUCCUUGUUUUCGUCUCUAUCAAAUCCUUACCAAUUAGCAAGGUUCCACCAGAAGAACGAUUUCUUUUCCGUAGGGUAGAACCAAAGGAGCUUAAUGUGUAUCGUUGUGUUGCGAGAUAUGGGUAUACAGAUGUGCGCAAUGAAAAAGAACCUUUUGAGGUAAUAUUAGUUGAAAAACUAAAACAAUUCAUAAGAGAAGAUUAUUGGCUAUCGCAAACAACCACCAAGAACAUGGAGGUUGGUGAAAGGAAUGGAGAAUUAAGUGAUGUGACAAAUAAAGGAGAGGAGGAAGGUGAUGAAGAUGUAAGGUUGGUUCAAGAAGAUGAGCAAAAAGAGUGGGAACUAGAGAGAGAGAUUGAAAUGGUGGAUAAAGCAUUGCGUGCUGGUACUGUUCACUUGAUGGGUGAGGGUGAAGUUAUUGCAGGAAAAGGAGCUGGUAUUGGAAAGAGGAUUUUGAUAAAUGCUUUCAAUUUCAUGAAGAAAAACUUAAGACAAAGUGAGAAAGUGUUUGAAAUUCCCCACAAGCGCCUGCUCAAAGUGGGAAUGACUUAUGAGCUUUAG